AUGGUUUUAUCUCGUAUCUUUGUGUUGCAGAUGAUGAAGCUUGUGUUGCUGUGUGUGUUGGGUGUGGCACUUGGCCAGACUGACACACGUCACUUCAAUCUGGGGAGUUUAGUUGGCUCUGUAGCAAGCAACAUCGGUGCUGGUGUGGGAAUCAACCCCGGGGUGAUAGGUGGAGGGAACCUGCCUAUAGGUGCCAGCUGCCGUUACCACUGCAGGGGGGUGAAUGGCUACUACUGCUGUGAUGACAAGCCCGGCUACUGCCCCCCAGUACGUCCAGACUGCCCCCCAACCAGGGUGUUCGCCGGUCCACAGAUCUGUAUUAACGACAGUCAGUGUGGAGGCUCCGACAAGUGUUGCUACGACACCUGCCUGCAGGAGAGUGUGUGUAAACCAAUUGAGGGCGCCUUCUUUGGCCCUGGGAGACGAUAA